AUGUUGCCUUACGUUUUGUCAGGCACGAAUCCUUGUAGAAAACUCAAGUGCAACAAGUUCAAACGAUGCAACAUCACUCAUGGGGUAGCGGAGUGUGUGUGUCCCACCUACUGUGAGCCGGUGCUGCGCCCUGUGUGUGGGAGUGACGGAAUUACUUACGACAAUGAAUGCCAACUACAGAAAGAUGCCUGCCAAAAUGAACAUCAUGUCACAAUAAAGCAGAGAGGACCAUGUGGAAUAAAGCGACCAUGCUUAAACCACCACUGCAAUUUCUAUGGCGUUUGCGUAGUUCGCGACGGAAGGGCUGAAUGUGAUUGCCCAACUUGUUCAGAGGAAUUUGAUCCAGUUUGUGGCAUGAAUGGUAUUUCAUACAUGAAUGAGUGUAAACUGAAACUUGAAAAUUGCCAGAAAAGGUCCGAUGUGCAGGUGAAACACAAAGGACUUUGUAAUGGUUGUGAGAAUAAAAAAUGUCACUUUUAUGCUGUUUGUCAAAGCGAUGGCAAAAAUGCAAGAUGUGUAUGUCCAUCGGCCUGUGUGGAGGUUGAGAACAAGGUAUGUGGAACUGACAGGAUUACUUACCAAAAUGAAUGCGAGCUAAAGGUUGCUUCCUGUCGUGAUCAAAAACUAAUUGAAGUGGAAUCUCGUGGAGACUGCGACAAAUGCGCCAAAGUCCGUUGUCCAUUUGGAUCAACAUGUGAAGAUGGCGAUUGUGUUUGUCCCCAAGUGUGUGCCGCUGAUUUUGAGCCGCUGUGUGCCAGCAACGGACAAAUCUAUACCAACGAGUGUGAGAUGAAGAAAGAUGCAUGCCUGAAAAAAACAGAGUUAUACAUUGUAAACAAUGGACCCUGUGAUGAAAUAUCAGGAUCUGGUUUAGUUGAUGGUUCUGGAAGUGGGUCCAUUUGUGAUGAAACCUCAUGCAAAUUUGGUGGAACCUGUGAGCUGUCAGAAGGUAGCACUUACCGCUGCACAUGCAAGAAUAGCUGUGAUGCCAUUAGGUCUCUUGUCUGUGGCUCUGAUGGAAGAACAUAUUCAAAUGAGUGCAUGAUGAAACUGGAAUCUUGUCAUCAACAGCGAGAAAUCAGCUCUGUUUCAAUCGAAAAUUGUGAAGAUCUGGAAGAAGAAGAACCUUGUGAUGGGAACAUGCCGCUUGUCAACCCCCUGACGGGCCAAGAAUACAAUUGCUUCAAUAAUAAAAAUAUAUGUCCUCCGGGAAGUUAUUGCCAUAAGCGAUCAACGUUUGCAAAAUGUUGCCGUGAAGUGAUUGCAGGUUGCAAUGACACACCUUUUGGCUGCUGUGAGGACAAUGUGACAAUAGCCAAAGGUUUCCAGCUUGCAGGCUGUCCAACCACUGGACGAUUGGCGCCAACAAAGAAGGAAUUACACCGUAUAAGAAAUGAUAUAAUAAAACAUUCUGAAUCAUACAAUUCUUUCUCUUUCACUCUUUUUCUUUAUUUUAAGUUCUUUUCUAGCUUUCUUUGUUUCUCUUCUUUUCUUUAUCAUUCUCUUUUCUUUUCUUUAUCAUUCUCUCUUCUUUUCUUUAUCAUUCUCUCUUCUCUUCUUUAUCAUUCUCUCCUCUUCUUUUUUAUGCUGUUGUUUUUCUUUCUUAUUCUUAUUCCCUUUCAAUGCUUCAUUUUUCUUCUUUCUUUCUUUUGUCUCUCUCCAUUAAUGUCUUCAAUGUUCUACUCUCUUUUAUUCAUUACUACUUCUCUCUCUCUCAGCCUCUCUUAUUCUCUUUCACACUUUCUUCUCAUUUCAUUUUCUCUCUUACUCUCACUCUCUCAGCCUCUCUUAAACUCUUUUUUUCUCAUUUCAUUUUCUCUUUCUCCCUCUCAGUCUCUCCUACUCUCUUUCACUCUUUUUUAUUCAUUUAAUUUUCUCUCUCUCAUUUAUUUAAUCUAUCAUUCCAUAAUUCAAUCCAUGUUCUACACUAUCUUUUCUCUAUUAGUUCUUUUUUCUCUCAGCCUCUCUUUCACUCUUUUUUUCUCACUUCAUUUUCUCUCUCUCUCUCAUUCAUUUAAUCUACUCUCCCUAUCAUUCACUUCUUGCAUAUAA